UAAUAAUAAUACAGCAGUGGAAACAUUUUCAUUAAACUGAGUGACCAGACUAUUUAUAGUAACAAUUGUGACGUUCAAGCAGUGACAGCAUAGAUAUUUAUUUACAUCGCAGUACGCCCGGAAAGUAAAAAGGUCAUUUCAAUUUAAACGCGCAAAUAAAAAAUAAUAUUGCGAUAUAAGCACAACUACUGUUUAAUUACCGCAUGAGCAUUCAGAAAUUACCGAGGCUACUACAAUUUGCUUUUUAUAAUUGAAUCUCUACAGACGAAACUAAAUAAAGUCAACAAUUGUCGCUUUAAUAUAUAACAAAUUGUUUGGCGCACAUGCUGUUCAAUUAGCUGUCUCACUGCUUCCGCGACAACUACGUAUAAGAGAGGAGAGAGAGAGCUGCACAAAGUUCAAAACUGAAGGCGUCAGCGGGUUCGCAACUUUCGUACUUCGCAUCAUUAUCCUCCUUACUAUCUUCACACGUACUAUUCAUCACAGCUACUAUAUUGUUGUUGUUUCAUUAAACAAUUUUAUUUUGAACGUUUUGCUGCUAUGGCCACUUCAUCAGUGCUCGCUAACAAUCCAAUUUCGACACUAUCAUCAGCGGUUGCUGUGAAUUCCUCGUCAUCGUCAACAACAACUACCUCACCUACUUUAAUUUCAACACGUAAACGCACCUACGAUACUGCUAUCUCAAUGCCCGCUGUCGCAACAAAAUCUCGAGGAGCAACUGCCGCUAUGGCUAAGGCAUCACUUGCCAACAAAAUGAAUGCGAAUGGUAAUGAUGUUGCGCUCAAUGAUAUACUUGUGGAUGGUGUCAGUACAGCAACUGCUGCAAUAACGAACAAAGAUUAUACACGCACAGUUUCACAAUGUGAACCGGAUGAGGAAGCCUCCGGCUCAUCGUCUGCAUACUAUGAUAGUCCUCUUAAGAAGGAGUACGUACCGGUGCCACAGCCGCUGCCCACGAUCAGUAGUGGUUCAUCAGAUUUUGCGACAAUUUGUAAGCCAGCACCAUUGUCCACUGACGAAGAGGCUGUUGUGGAGCGGGAGAAAUGUGACUACAAUUAUAAAAUCACCUAUCAAAUGGCGCGGUCUGGCCAAACGAAACGACGCGUACGUGUCUACGCCGAUGGCAUUUAUGACCUUUUCCAUCAAGGUCAUGCCAGACAGCUAAUGCAGGCGAAGAACAUUUUCCCAAAUGUUUACUUAAUUGUGGGUGUGUGCAAUGAUGAGCUAACACACCGCAUGAAGGGGCGCACAGUUAUGAAUGAUCAAGAGCGAUACGAGGCGUUACGUCACUGCCGCUAUGUGGAUGAGAUUGUUCCGGAUGCCCCUUGGACUCUAUGUGAUGAUUUUAUUGCAUCGAACAAAAUUGAUUUUGUUGCGCACGAUGACAUUCCAUACACUGGCGCAGGCGUGGAAGAUAUAUACGCGCCACUGAAGGCCAAAGGCAUGUUUGUUGCCACCGAACGCACAGAAGGCGUAUCUACUUCAGAUAUUGUCGCACGUAUAGUCAAGGACUAUGACUUAUAUGUACGCCGGAAUUUGGCGCGUGGUUAUUCGGCUAAAGAUUUAAAUGUCUCAUUCCUUUCGGAGAAGAAGUUUCGAUUCCAAAAUAAAAUGGAUGAGUUAAAGAAUCGCGGACGACGCGAACUGAAUAAAGUGAAGGAUGAUAUCAUCACAAAAUGGGAGGAGGCAUCUCGUGAUUUUAUUGAUGCAUUCCUUCUACUUUUCGGACGCGAACGUCUUAAUCAUUUGUGGAACGAAUCUAAGGGCAAAUUAAUCCAGGCGCUCAGUCCUCCCGGUAGUCCAAGUGGUUCAAUGAAUGGUGACGAUGAUGAAGACGAUUUUGAUUAUGAUGAUGAUGAUGAUACCGACUUCGCAACUGUACGCAUGCCGGCUCCUGCUGCGAGGAGUCGAGUCACCGAUAGUCCUACAUUACGUGAUAAAACCGAUCGUGGAGCCGAUUCUGCCAAGACCACCAAGAUGACAACACAAGUGAACGACAACGACAACGAUAAUGAUGAUGGCGAAUAUGAGCAUAGAAGUAAUUAGAGUAAUACGGUACCCAAAUAUUUCAUAGGUAAUAUUAUUAUUGUAACGCAAAAAACGCGAAAUGAAAAGCAAAAAAGAAUUACAUUAAAGAAUAACAAAUACAAUUAUUUGCAUAGAUGCAAAUGUCUUUGGAAAAUAUGAAAUGAAAGUGUAUUAUGUUCAAACGAAGUUACUAAAAAAUCUCUACACGUUUAAUAAAUAUUUAGGAUCACAGACAUCA